AUGAUUGCGCCUCCGAAGUUGACUUCGGAGAUCACUCAGUUGCCAACGCUCGAACAUAAAAGGUUCUUGCGUGAUCUGCGUAGUGGCAAAGUCAAGCAGAUCUGCGUACUCGUCGCUGACGACGAGUGUGUAGCCGACAUAAGGUCAGCAACAGUGUUUACUGAGAACGAGAGAGUUCUCAGUAGUUCAUCGAUGGACGAGAGUGUCCUAGAUGAAAAGACACGAAUCGAGCGAUAUGACUCCCAAUCGUGGGAAUCGCUGAAGACAAAUCCUCUCUAUGAAGAUUUGGUUGAAUUCAAGGAUGUAUUCCCUGAAACUGUUCCGUGCGAAUUACCGAAGGAUAAAGGUAUUCGACACGAGGUCGAGCUUAAACCAGGCUCGAAGUACUGUGUCAUGAAGCAGUGGCCACUGCCUCGUGAACAAGUACUUGCGAUCGACAAGUUCUUUGCCGAUCGUUUAGCUGCGGGCCAUAUGAGGGAAUCAACUUCCCCACAUAGCUCUCCGACCUUCUGUGUGCGAAAAGCAACAGGAGGGUGGCGGAUAGUGCACGCGUUCAACAAAUUGAACGCUGCAACGGUACCGGCUCAGACGCCGAUACCGAGGAAGGACGUAAUCAUUGAUGGUAUGUCAAAGAGUACCAUCUUUUCGUCCAUGGAUUUGAUGGAUGGCUUCUAUCAAAUCCUUAUGCGGGAACGGGAUAUACCCUAUACCGCAGUGAGCACGCCUAGCGGCAUGCUCUGGGAAUGGCUAGUAAUGCCACAAGGGCUCAGUAAUGCCCCUGCCACGUUCAACAGAUGUGUAUCACAUCUGUUGAGACCAGUACGAGAAUUCGCGCCGAGUUAUUUCGAUGACGUAUUCAUCCAUAGUCGAGCUAUGGAUGGAAAGUCGGACGUUGAGGUUCACAGGUACCACGUCCGACAAGUUCUUACAAUCAUGCGAAAGCAUCAAUUGUAUGCUAACCUCAAGAAGUGUAUAUUUGCAGCAAGCGAAAUACCACUUCUUGGGUGCAUCGUUGGUAAGAACGGUGUACGUCCUGAUCCCGAAAAGAUCAAGGCGAUCACCGACUGGCCUGUGCCGGUUGAUGUCAAAGGUCUUCGAAAAUUCCUUUGGCUAGCGGCGUAUUUGCAUAAGUAUUCACGCAAUUACGCCGAGAUGACUGUGCACCUCUCUCGUUUGUUGAAAAAGAACGAGAGGUGGUUAUGGAACGCUGAAUGUCAGCGCUCCUUUGAGGGUAUCAAGCAGAGCUUGAUACAAUCCCCAGUUCUAGCAAUAGCCGAUCAGGACAGGCCAUUUCAUGUGGUCUGUGAUGCCAGCGAUUUCGCAAUCGGCUGUGCAUUAAUGCAGUACGAUCUUGAAGGCGUUGAACGCGUCGUCUGCUAUCAGUCGCGUCAGCUGCAACCAGCUGAGCGGAACUAUCCAGUGCAUGACAAGGAACUCCUUGCCAUGAAGUAUGCACUCGCGAAGUUCAGAGUCUAUCUAUUAGGAGAUAGACCCUUCAUUGUUUACACUGACCAUGCGUCAUUACGCACGGCAGUGAACAGCCCGCACCUUUCACAACGAAUGGCGCGGUGGUUGUCAUUCUUUGCGGAAUACAACUUUACGGUCGAGUACAAACCAGGACGACUUAAUGUCGUCGCUGAUGCACUCUCACGUCGUCCCGACUUUGAAACAGUCGCGAAACCCAACAGUGAGACAGUCACUGUUGCGGUUAUGACGUCCUCAUUCCCAUCUACAACGUUGUACGAUGAUGUGAGGCGGGCAUACGCCCAAGAUGGUGAGAUUGUGAAGUUGUUGACACAUCUCUCCCAACCAUCUCGAGAAUCGUUGAAACGAUUGUCGUCUGCGUAUCGAUCUGCAUCAGAUCGAUACACUACUCGUAACGGUUUACUGUACUAUACAGCCGUUUCUGGUGACACACCACGUGUUGUCAUUCCAGAUGAUACUGAUCUGCGUUUGCGGAUCAUGUUCGAGAUCACGAUGCUCCUAUAG